GCAGGGGCAUAGCUGGCACUAGCCCCUAGGCGCUCCGGCUCCCAGACCCUCUGCUCUAAGCGAUUAGCCCCCAAGCCAGGGACAGAACCCAGGAGUCCCGACUCCCGCAUCCCAGGGCAGCUCAGCCCCCAGCCUUAUCUCUUCUCCAAGGCCACAGAACUGCACACUCACCCCAUUCCCAGCCUGUCUCCACCCAGCCCAGCAAAUCAGCUGCCAGCCUGCCAGGGCUGUAUCGCCUGCCUUCCGCAGCAGCACCCGCUGCACUGUCCUGAGCUGCCCAGUGCCCCAGGACCUGGCAUGCCCACCAUGCUCCUCACGAGGCUGGGCCUGCUCUGGGUGGUGGUGCCCUGGCACGCGGGCUCCGUGUCCUUUCCCGAUGGAGCUGCUCGCACUGAGUGCCGGGACCGUUAUUUCUGGAUCUGGCUGGACAAGGCGUUCGUGGGGCAGAGCCGCUGGCGCUAUGGGGUCUACACCGAGUCGGGGCAGUACAUCGAGGUGACACAGCAGCUGGCUUCGCAGUGCGGAUUCAUGGCAGGCACUGACCUCCGUGGGAACCCCCAGAUCCGCGUCUCCUUCCUGGCUUGUUCCGUCCGCAACACGUUUGACCAGGAUUUCAGCCUGCAGCUGCGGGUGGAGGUGACAGGCGCUGUGGGGCCCAGCGUCCCCUAUGACAUGACCAUCAGCUGCCCCCUGGGAGCCCCCUGGAGCCCCCGGGAGAUUGUCUGCGAGGAGAACUACAUGGAGGUGUCGGUCCGGCGGGCUGUGCCCGGCAUCGCCAAGGAAGUGCUGAAUGAGGACUGGAUCGCUGCCUGGCCGGUGGCCCAGGGGGCGCUGAACCAGGUGUGGCAGGUUGUCUUCCACUUCCAGAACGGCUCCCUGCUCAGCAUGCCCGCCACGGAGGCCCACAGCCUGGGCUACGGGGUCAACACCACGGCCACCCGCGUCCUCUUCCGCGCACCCUACGGCACAGCCCAGAGCGAGAUCGCCUCAGUGGAGGGGCUGGAGGUGGAAGUGGCCAGGGCGACAGUGUUCUACAAACAGGCUUGGAUGAUCCUCAUGGUGGACACAGCUGUGGCCUGCCCUGUCAAUUCCCCGGUGGUCAAUGCUACGAGCCUGAGCUGGGUGAUGCCGCGGAUCCUGCCAUCCCUGGUGCUGUGGCCAGAGCAGUACCAAGAUGAGGUCCAGAUGGGCCUGGAUGGUCGUGUGAUUGACGCGGGCACUGUCACACGCAAUGGCUACACCUUCCUGACAGACUCCGGGCUCAUCCGCAUCGUGGUGCCCAUUGGUGCCCCCGGGGGGCUGCUGCAGAGCGCCCUGGUGGGUAAUCGCUAUGGCACCAGGUACAGCAUCCACCUGCUGCUGGACCGGCACUGGCAAGGGGAUGAAAGUGACCGGACCCGUCACCGCAGCUACCGUCCUAUCCACACCCCCUUCUCCCCACAGACGCCCCAGAUCAUCGAUGACACCGUGGCAGCGCAGGGCUACUUCAAGGUGCGCCUGGGGCACUUCCUGCCCGAUGUGGAGCUGGUCUCUGUCUCGGUGGGCGGACGUCCCUUCAGCCGCCCCGAGGCCGAGGACCGUGGCUUUGACCCCCACGAGGCCCCCAACCCCAACGACACCAGGGCCUUUGGGCUGAGGGUGCCCUUUGCUGACCCCCUGGUGCAGCAGCAGUACCUACACGGCCCCCUCAGGCGCUACACUCUGCGCCUCAACUACACCCUGCGGCUGCUGCCCACAGGCGAGGCCUUCACCCAGGCAGGGCUCAUCACUUGUGAUGUCCCAGAUGUGGUGCCCCCCAGCUUCCAGGGCUCCUGUGAGGCUGGGGCGCUGGCCCUGCUGAUGACCCACGGGACACUGGACCGGUUCUGGGUUCCCUAUGUUGGGGAGCAGCCCCUGAGCCAGCUGGCUGCCCCCCACAGCUACAGAGUGUCUGAUGAUGGUCGCCAUUUCCACCUGGCUGUCCCCCUUCUGGCUGCUGGGCUGGCGUAUGAGAGCAUCUCCCUCCAAAGGCUGACGGCUCGGCUGGAUUUCUCUUUGCGGGACAACAAGACUCGCUCAGUCCUGGCUUCCUUCACCGUUGUCUGCACCUUCCCCACUGGGCAGUUGUUGGUGUGCCUGCCCAAUGGCACCUUGGUGGCCACGGUGCUGAGCCUGGACACCAAGCCUGCCCUUGACCCACGCCGGACCCACCUGAGGGAUCCAGGCUGUGGGCCAGUGGCCUCCGAUUCCUCGCGGGCCCUCUUCUCCUUCUCGCUGGCCUCCUGUGGGACCACACGGCAGUUUGAAGGAGGCUACCUGGUGUAUGAGAAUGAGGUGACCUUUGUGCCUGAGGGGGUCCCAGCCACAUCCCCUAUCAUCACCCGGGACUCAUGGUACAGGCUGACUCUGCGCUGCCGCUACCCCUUGACAGAGACGCUCUGGGUCUCAGCCCAGCAGCAGCUGGGGAAGGAAGUGGUAUCAGUGCCCCACCGACCUGUGGGUUGAGGUGUGUGGGAAAGGCAGGCUUCAGGCCUAACUCAAGGUCCUUGGGCCUGGCAGCACUGGGCACCUGGCUCCCAACUUGCCGAGCUGUUAACAAAAUAAACUCUCCUUGGCCCUCAGA